UUGAUUAGGAUGAUUCGACGAAGCAAUCAUUAAUCUCUGUCAGCUUCAUCUAAAAACAUUCUAUAGAUGGUGUGACUGGAUAGAGAGCAACAUGGCGUUCGUUGUUCUCUUCAUAGGCUUAUUUCUCCCAGGUUUCGUAUAUUCUGGUCUGGUGAUCGCCCCUCUGGAUCUCAUCGAUAACUGUCAAUCAUUUGAAACCGGUUCGGAUCUGAGCUACAAUUGGGUGCUUCCUCGUCUCAACAAUGACGUGAAGUUUAUCAAGUUUGAAGUGCGGGCGGAGCAUGGAGCUCUGAUCGGCCUGUCAAGGCAGAACAUGGUCUUGGAUUCAAUGUAUGAGAUCGAAAUUGGAGCCGACUUCAAUUCAAGGACGAUUAUUCGCCGCUGCCACCAGUGCACUGCAGCUGCAACCGACAAUAAACCGGGUAGAUUGAGUAUAACCGAACCGCGGGUGUUUUGGAUACUUUCCUACCAGGGAAUCGUGGCAGUCGGUUCAGACAGCUCUUUGGAACCGUUCUUAGUUUGGAUAGACCGACAUCCGCUUGAAAUCAAUCACAUCGGUUUCACUUCAGACGGUGUCGGGGGCUGGUGGAAGUUUUCCAAAUAUCCAGGUACAUUUACAUCCACAACGACAGGAGACAACUGCGUUCUGUAUCCAUUCGUAAAGCUUCCAAAUGGAAAUUUUGAGAUUGAAUUCUCAAUUAAAUGGACCGGCACAGCAGCAUUGGAACUAGCCAAAGAACAAAAGUCUAAGAACUGCUACUACAUUGUUCUUACUCAUGCGGAAAGCGACCUCUCGGCCGAGAUCCGUUUCAACGAACAAACCUUGAUCUCAACCACCUACUCGCCCAGUCAACCCAUCGAAAGUGACAACCCCGCAGACUUCUACGUCAGGGUGGUGAAUAAUAAUCUUCAAAUUGGUGAGCAAUACAUGGAGCCCUUCUUGGAGUUGCCCGGAGUAAAUGCGACUUUCAUUCGGCAUCUUGGUUAUUCUUCGUUCAUCUCCGAUUCAGCUGACUGGUAUUUCCCAGACAUGAUUCCAGAUGUUAUCGGUUACACAGAGUCGUUAUCAGAAGCAGAAGACUGUCUGUGUUAUCGAGACAUACAGGUGUUUUAUACGGAUGGAGAGAGCGCAUCUUUGUUCGCCAUUCAUGGAUACUUAGUGGGGGAGUAUCAGCUUGAGUUUAAACUGAAAGCGGAAGGGCGAGCCAGGAUCAUGCUCACAGAUUCAACCAUGGGAUCAACUGAUCGUUAUAACAUCGUAUUCGAUGAUGGUCAUUCGUCGGGUAAUAAUCAGACCUCAUACAUCUCACUGAACGGAGAGGUUCUUCAAAGCAUUCAUAACGAUUUACUGAGUAGUUCUACCAACAGGCCUUUCUAUAUCAGGUACACUCAAGAGAAACUAUCAGUCGGUCACGAAGGUAACCCUCCUAUGCUUACCGUGGAGGAUGUCCCCUAUGAUGCUGUACAGUAUAUCCGCUUUCAGACUGAGCAUGGCGAGAAAGGACGAUGGACAUUCUACGAUGUACAAGUUGAAAGCACUGUUGGUCUUGAGCCGGUACCACAUGACACCCAUGUCUACUCAUACCACACCUCUGGCCCAGCUCAACCCAUCUAUCCAUUCGCACCGUUAUCAUCCGAAAAGUUUGAAUUUAUAUUCGACGUUCAGUCAGGAGGAAAUGCGUUCGUUUCACUUUCACCUCUACCAAUAGAUCAGAAAAGUUACAUGUUCGUUUUUGAUAGGAUUGCCAACGAGCAAACUUCUUCUGUUGUGCUAUGUGACCAUCAAGUCUUUGACGAAGACAAAGAUAGCCUUCUUUCAAAGAAUGAGUUCACUAAAAUAUACAUCAGACGACAGGAGUCGGUCCUGUUGGCGGGAAAAGUAGGAGAGGAUCCUAUCCUUGAGAUACAAGGUGUGGUAGAACCACCGCCACGUUUCAUCAACUUUGGUAAUCUGAACGGAGAUGCCACACAAUGGCGCUUCUACAACGUUAGCCCGGCGGCUCGAGGGGAGGUAUCCAUCUACCUACAGGCCUUAGGUGCCCCUGUCUAUGAUCUUCAGAUCCCACCUGGGGACUUCAUGUUUCUAUUUUCUGCUAUGGUGACAGACGUGACCUACCUCUUCUUCUCAUCCGAACCCAAAUAUGAGCAAGGAGUAGGAUAUAAGCUCACUUUCGCAAACGCUGAUAGCGUUGGUACCAGCCGUGUAGAUGUUGCCUUCAAUGGCGUGGCCAUCGCUUCUUACUCGGGUAAACGUCUCAGUCUGGGUGACCGAGCCUAUCUAUUUGUCCAGCUCGUCGAUUCGGCACUCAGCAUCGGUAUCAGCGGCGAGGAUGCACCUCUGCUUCAUCUCCUCGACGUCGAUCGCGACAGUCUGAAGUUCAUCGGUCUUCAGCGGGCAACCACUGGUAUAGACAUGUGGACGUUCUUCGGUCUUAAAUACAUAGGAGAAAAAGGACACGACGAUAGAGUUAAGGUCACUGACAAACCGACACCAGUUCCAGAUAAAGCACCAGAACCAUCGACUGAACCACGACAACCAAUUAUCACUCGGGAACCUCCUCCGGAAGGCAAUGCGACUGGGAUAGACAGCGGUGCUGGCUCCUCUGGCAGUGGUCAACCGGGCGGGACAAUCAUCGAUGCAGUUGGUGACGGAAACACAGUUCCCGCUGUUGAGCCGCCAAACUAUCAUCCACCAAUAGAGAUGUCAGGCGAUAUAGUGAACGUAACAACGGACGGUGUCUCGGGCUACAUCAACAAGAUUGGGCCUCUCGAUCUAGCGAUUGGGAGCAGAGGCCAAUUUUCAGUAAAAGCUGAGAAAAAUGUUGCCGUGGCUCUUAUCUCUCACAAUGGAUCCGACACCGACUACUAUGAAAUGCUAAUUGGUACCGAUGGGAACUUGAAGACCGAACUGAAGAGAUGCGUUGAUUCGGUUUGCUAUACCGUAAUGAGUGAGGACACUCCGUAUAUUCUCAAAUCUAUCAAGAAAACCCUCUUUUUCAUCGAAGUUAUUCCUUCCAUCGACGGUUUAUUGAAGAUUCGUCUGGGAAAGGGAGAUGUCUUGGAUAUAGAAAGCACUACGUUGUUAUCUUAUGAAGAUUCGGACCCACUGAAGAUUGAAUACGUCGGAAUCAGAACCUAUGAGGUGUCAGGAGAUUGGACCAUUCAUCACAAGAUUUUACUACCAGAGGAUCUUACUUUUUUCGAGACAGGGGCCGGUGAGUCGGUUCAUUACUUCCCUCUGGCACAUCAUGUGAAUUCACUAUUAACUGACUCAAAACCAGAGGGCGUCUCACGGUUUGAAUUCGCUGUUACAUCACAAUCUGCUGUGACCCUUUCAAUUUCUGCUGAUCGAGGUGAUCAACCAGAUCGAUAUGUAAUACGUAUUGGAAUCGACGGCAAUAGGAAAGUAAGCCUUUAUCGGUGUGAGGCAACCAACUGCACCCUUCUUGAAACAGCCCUGGAAUCUGGUGUGUUGAACCUGAUAGGACCUACAUCGUUUUUCUUGGAGCUCAGUACGAUUGCGGAUAGAGCCCUCUUCAUCAGGUUAGGCAAGGUCGGUGGUAUCGACUGGGUGGAUAGGAAGCUCUUGCUCUACACCAUCCCGCGUCCGUUGCGAGUGGCCUUUGUGGGAUUCAGCACGCCAAACUCCGUUGGUUCUUGGGCCAUCAACGAAUUCAUCCUAUAUGAUAUACACUGA